GUCAAAAUGAAGAUCGGACUUUGCGCCUACAGUGGAUACAAGAUCUAUCCUGGCCAUGGAAAGACCAUGGUUAAGGUGGACGGAAAGAAUUUCACAUUCUUGAACUCCAAAUGUGAAGCUGCUCACUUGAUGAGGAGGAAUCCCCGUAAAGUGACAUGGACUGUCCUAUACAGGCGCAAGUUCAAGAAGGGUCAGGAGGAGGAGCAGGCCAAGAAGCGAACCCGCAGGACACAGAAGUACCAGCGAGCCAUCGUUGGUGCCUCGCUCAGUGACAUCAUGGCCAAGAGGAACAUGAAGCCCGAGGUCAGGAAGGCACAGAGGGAACAGGCCAUCAAGCAAGCCAAGGAACAGAAGAAGAGCACAAAGGCCAGCAAGAAGACCACAGCUCCCCCCACCAAGGCGAAGGCCGCCCCCAAGGCCAAGGCCGCUAAAGUGAGUCAGAAGGCCGCCCCCAGGGUUGGAGGAAAGCGAUAAACCUCUACAAUAAAUAUUGGCUAAGGCA